AUGCGCGCCUUCGCCGUCUUUAGCCUUCUCUCCUUGGCGGCCGCACUGCCCACUGCCCCCGCUACCGGCGACUCCCUUGCCGUCGUCGAGCGCAACGUUGCCGCAGAAAUCGUCGCCCGCGUCCCCGCUGAGCAGGCCGCCCAGGAUGCUCCCGUCCUCGUCGCCCGCGCUCUGUACGACCAGACUGCCGCCUGGCCCGCGACCUCGGCCACCUUCGGCGGCAUCAGCUUCCAGGUCGUCGUCACCAACCUGAACAACGGCAGAUACAAGCUCGAGUGGUACAACACGGACGCGGCCAACUCGAACCGCCAGAUCAAGCUCACCAUCAACUCCGACUCUGGCGCUCGCGUGUUCGAUGUUGUCACCUCUCCUCGCGCCAGGGGCAGCAGCGAGGUCGCCAAGCAGGGCUCAGCUCUCCGCGUUAUUCUUGAUCAGCAGUAA